UCUCUCUAUAUAUAUGUCUGCCAAUGGGUAGGGAUUGAAACAGCAGGAGAAGCUUUGUUUUCGCUCAUCAAAAUGGAGAGCAUGAGCAGUUCAAUCCCUCCUACAAUGAAGGCUUGGGUUUAUUCCCAGCAUGGGAGUCCUGCUGAUGUUCUGAAACUUGACUCAAACUAUGGGGUACCCCAAUUGCAACAGGAUCAAGUUUUGAUCAAAGUUGUAGCAGCUGCCCUUAAUCCAGUUGAUUUCAAGAGGAUGCUUGGCGUGUUCAUCGAUUCCGAUUCUCCACUUCCUAGUGUUCCAGGAUAUGAUGUAGCUGGUGUGGUGGUAAAAGUGGGCAGCCAAGUAAGAGCUUUAAAGGAAGGGGAUGAAGUCUAUGGGAACAUCAACGAGAAAGGGUUGGAUCAUCCCAAGAUACAUGGCACUUUAGCUGAAUUCACUGUUUCUGAAGAGAAUCUGUUGGCUCUAAAACCAACAAAUCUGGGUUUUGUUGAAGCUGCUUCCAUUCCCUUAGCCAUUGGGACUGCCUAUGAAGGCCUUGUCAAAACCGGCUUAUCUUUUGGUCAAUCCAUCCUUGUUUUAGGCGGUGCCGGUGGAGUCGGCACCAUGGUUAUUCAGCUAGCUAAGCAUGUAUUUGGAGCAUCCAAAGUUGCAGCUACCUCGAGCUCAGCAAAACUGGAGUUGCUAAAGAGCUUGGGUGCUGAUUUAGCCAUUGAUUACACCAAAGACAAUUUCGAAGAUUUGCCGGAGAAGUUCGACGUAGUAUACGAUACUGUUGGGCAAUCUGAAAGGGCAGUGAAGGCGAUCAAAGAAGGUGGUAAAGUUGUUACAAUUGAACCGGUUGGUGAACUGGCUGAACCGGCUUUCAGUUUCAUCCUCACAUCUAGUGGAGCUAUGCUGGAGAAAUUGAACCCUUUCCUUGAACAUGGACAAGUGAAGCCUGUCAUCGAUCCAAGAGGCACAUUUCCUUUCUCUCAAACUCCACAAGCCUUUUCGUAUCUCGAAACCGGAAGAGUUACCGGAAAAAUUGUCAUACAUCCCAUUCCGUGACUCGGGUCGAUGUUUACGUUGCUCGGACUCGAGUACAUCGGAUACUGUUAUGUAUACCCUACCCAUGUUUGGAUAUAUGCCGGAUACUGUUUUCGAACACCCGUAGCGUUGGUUAGUAUACUUCAAAACUUUUGUAAUAAAUCAGUCUAUUCGGAAAUGGACUAAUGCUGAAAUAUUAAUGGAGUAUC